AUGAAAGGUAAGAAGAAAGGUAGUGGUGGUAAACGUAAGAAGAAUUCGGCUAAUGAACCGAUGGUAUUCAUGGAAGAAGGUAAAACCAUUUAUGGUCAAAUUAUAGCAGCUUUGGGUUCAUCAAGAUUUGAUGUACUUUGUACCGAUGCUAUUACCAGAAAGUGUCAACUCAGAGGAAGUAUGUAUAAGUCCGUUUGGGUGCAACCUAAUGAUAUAGUUUUAGUCUCAUUAAGACAUGAUGCUAAAGAUACUGGUGAUAUUUGCAAGAAGUACUAUCCGGCUGAAGUAAAGAUCUUAAGAGAUCAUAACUUGAUUGCUGAAAACUUCAAGCAAGAGGCCGAAGAUAAUCAAGCUGAGUUUGAGUUCCAUCGGAUAUAG